CGCCUCUGCCGCUUCCCCUCAGCUGCGCGCGGGGUGUUUGAAGGAGCCGCGGUCGCGGCCGCCGCCCUCGACGAUGCCGAACUUCUGCGCCGCCCCCAACUGCACCCGCAAGAGCACCCAGAGCGACUUGGCCUUCUUCCGCUUCCCGCGGGACCCCGCCCGAUGUCAGCGGUGGGUGGAGAAUUGCCGAAGGGCUGAUCUGGAAGAUAAGACGCCAGACCAACUGAACAAGCAUUACAGACUGUGCGCAAAGCAUUUUGAAACGUCAAUGAUAUGUCGAAGCAGCCCCUACAGGACGGUUUUACGAGACAACGCCGUACCAACGAUAUUCGACCUCACGAGCCAUUUGAACAACCCUCACAGCAGGCACCGAAAAAGGAUUAAAGAGCUGAGUGAAGAAGAAAUAAGGACACUGAAGCAGCAAAAGAUUGAUGAAGCUUUUGAACAGGAAAAGACGAAUCAAGAAUCUGUUGACAAUGACAUCCAGAACCCGGCCUCUGACGAAGGAGCUGAUGAACCUGUAGAAGAUGACGUCCCUUUAACGCAAGAGGAGCGGGAGAACAAAGAUUACCUUAAAUCCUUAUUUGAAAUUUUAAUCCUGAUGGGGAGACAAAACAUCCCUUUGGAUGGUCACAACGCCGACGAGCUCCCUGAAGGCAUCUUCACUCCAGACAAUUUCCAAGCUCUCUUGGAGUUCAGGAUAAAUUCUGGUGAUGAGGUUUUGAGGAAGCGCUUUGAGACCACGGCCGUGAACUUGGCCUAUUGCUCAAAAGCCCAGCAGAAGCAAAUGCUGGAAAUCUGUGAAAGUUGUGUGCGGGAAGAAACACUCAGGGAAGUCAGGGACUCUCACUUUUUCUCCAUUGUCACGGAUGAGGUGGUGGACCUGGCCAGCGAGGAACACUUGCCGGUACUGGUGCGAUUUGUUGACGAGUCCCACAACCUGAGGGAAGAAUUCAUCGGGUUCUUACCGUAUGAGUCCGACCCUGAAAUCUUAGCUGUCAAGUUCCAUACGACUAUUACCGAAAAAUGGGGCUUAAAUAUGGAGUAUUGCCGGGGCCAAGCCUACAUCGUCUCCAGUGGGUUUGCUUCAAAAAUGAAGACCGUGGCUACAAGGAUCUUAGAGAAAUACCCGCAAGCUGUAUACACGCUCUCGUCCUCCUGUGCCUUGAACAUAUGGUUAGCCAAAUCAAUUCCCGUGUUGGGCAUUUCCAUCGCACUUGGGACGCUAGAGGAAGUUUGCUUGUUCUUCCAACAGUCCCCCCAGUUACUAGCCGAUUUGGACAACGUCAUCUCGCUCCUCUUUCAGAACAGCGAGGAGAAAGGGAACGAGCUGAAGGAAAUAGUCCGUUCCCAUUGGACAGGCCGCCAUGAUACCUUUGAGAUUGUAGUAGACCUCAUGCAGGCUCUGGUGCUGUGCUUGGACGGCAUCAACGACGCUUCCGUCCGGUGGAGCAGCACGAUCGCUGGACAGGCGUAUAUCCUUUCCACGGCCCUCGCAGAUUUUGACUUCGUUGUCACGGUUGUGAUCAUCAAGAACAUCCUCUCCUUCACGCGGGCCUUCGGCAAGAAUCUCCAGGGUCAAACGUCCGAUGUCUUCUUUGCGGCCAGCAGCUUAACGGCCGUGUUGCACUCCCUGAACGAGGUGAUGGAGAACAUCGAGGUUUACCAUGAAUUCUGGUUUGAGGAAGCCACCAACUUGGCCACCAAGCUGGACCUGCCCAUUAAGCUCCCCGGGAAGUUUUGUCGAGCCCAGCAAGGCAACCUGGACUCUGAAAUAACCCCGGAAAACUACUACAAAGAAGCACUUAGCAUUCCGACCGUGGAGCACAUAAUUCAGGAACUGAAAGACAUCUUCUCAGAGCAACACCUGAGAGCACUGAAGUGUUUGUCUUUGGUGCCUUCUGUCAUGGGGCAGCUCAAAUUUAAUACAUCUGAGGAGCAUCACGCCGACAUGUACAAAAACGACCUCACCAACCCAGAUACGUUGUCUGCGGAACUUCACUGCUGGCGAAUCAAGUGGAAACACAGAGGGAAAGACAUCGAACUCCCUACGACCAUUUAUGAAACACUCCAUUUGCCCGACAUCAAGUUUUUCCCGAACGUGUACGCCUUGCUCAAGGUUCUGUGCAUCCUCCCCGUGAUGAAGGUGGAGAACGAGAAAUUUGAAAUCGGCCGGAGACGCUUGAAGGCCUACCUAAAGAACACAUUGACUGAGCAGAGGUCGAGUAACCUUGCCUUGCUGAACGUAAACCUCGAUAUUAAACAUGACUUGGAUUUAAUGGUCGACACCUACAUCAAACUGUAUCCAGACAAAGUGGAAUUCCAGGAGGAGUUCCUUCCGCCUAACAGUUCAGAAGCGGCAGAAGAGACUUAACAGAGUACAAGAGGGGAUACUUCUAUUUCGGAUAUUUUGUGGGUUGUUUUUUUUUUCCUUUUUAAAAAGGGGAGGUUUUUUCAAAAACGGAGAAGAGUAAUUAAUUGCUGCAAGCGUCCUUGUGUUUUAGGCGUGUCUCUUCAAACAAGCCACGAGCAAUGGACCCAGCACAGUUUUUGUUUUGCUUGUUGAUCUGUUCUGGUUAAUUAUUUUGCAAACCUUAAACAGGAUACGGAAUGGCUGGCUGGGCAGGGGGCAGAAACAAAUAGAAGGCCGUAGUUUUUAAAUGACUAAUAUAUAUAAGGUGCCUGAACGCACACAACUACUCGAACCACUAGUGGAGAAAG